AUGCAGAAAAACUUGGUGGCAGUUAGUGGGAACAGAGUCGCGAAUAUUUCAAGUUGGAGUUAUGAAGUUGUUGGGUUGCUAAACGGGAAACACCAUGUGUUACUUGAUAAGAAACAGUGUUCAUGCAAACAGUAUGAUCGAGUUAAAAUCCCAUGUGGACACGCAUUGUUUCCAGCAGAUACACAGGGGAUACCAUAUGGUUCAUUGGUUGGGGAUUUUUAUAAGACAGAGUGUUGGAGAGCUACUUAUGAAGGUGUAAUAAAUCCCGAGAUUAGUGAUGUUGACAUACCAUUCGAAAUUCAGCACCGCGUGUUAUACCCUCCAAAGGCUCGAAGGCCAUCAGGACAUCCAAAGGAGUCAAGGAUCCUGUCUAUUGGAGAAUUUCCAAAAAAUGGUGCGGCGAAAGGGAAAGUGAAUAGGUGUGGGAGAUGCAAGCAAAGUGGGCACAACCGAGCUAGUUGUACGAACCCGUUGCCAUGA